AUUCUUUAUAUCGGAGUGAUAAAGAUGAGCAGAGGAAGCGUUUUCAAGUGGCAACAUGGAGCGGAUCACACUUGUGCGAGCGUUUGUGACUUUAGUUGUUAUUUUCACCAGUGGCUGUGGUGCUCACAUCGCAUCCGUGCCCACUCUGAAAAUGGACCAAGCUUUGUUAAUAUUUCAUAACCAGCUGCCCCAUGAAGUGGAGGUCUUGUACACUUCAGAUUAUUGCUAUAAGUGUGUGUACCAGAGUUUGGUCCAUGUGAAAGCCAGCUACAACAAUGCAUCUACAGUAAUCAACACCAAAUUCACUUUGAGCGUGCAAGUGGAAUCUAACAAGAAUGCAAUUCUUUGCAGAUGGAAUCAGACAUAUGAGGAGGGUGGUCACUAUACGGUUUGGAUCCUAAGGUCAGACAAUGCCAGCAAUGCCACCUGCCUUCAUGCUGUGGACAGAAGACCUCACAACUCCUAUCUGCCUAUUCUGGUGGCAGCUCUCACCCUGGCUAUAACUGCUCUCUUAUUUGUUGUUGCACCCUACAUAUGCAGAAAGUGUCGCACAUCGAAAUUUGUAAAGACCACUUGCUGCCGAAGCCCGCAGCACUCGCUUGAUCAUGACCAAGUGCAUGCUACACAAGCUGAGGGCAGUGCCACCAAAGUGAAAUAUAAACGUCUGCGUUCGCUGGAUGUUUUUCGAGGGUUUGCCCUCACAGUGAUGGUGUUUGUCAACUACGGCGGAGGAGGCUACUGGUUCUUUCAACAUGCACCGUGGAAUGGUCUGACUGUGGCGGAUCUCGUCAUGCCGUGGUUCGUCUUCAUCAUUGGGACCUCAGUGGUGUUGGCGUUCAGAUCCAUGCAGAGAAGAGGCGUAGGCCGCGUGCAGCUGCUGCAAAAGAUCACGUGGAGAACUGCAGUCCUGCUGACGCUCGGCUUCUGCUUCCUCAACUAUUCCCCGCGUGAUGGACCACUGUCCUGGUCCUGGCUCAGGAUCCCAGGGGUACUGCAGCGCCUGGGCUUCACCUACUUUGUUUUGGCUCUACUGCAGAUUCUGUGGGGACACAAAGAGAGUCAGCAAAAAGAAGGUCACUGGUGGUCCCCCCUCCAGGAUGUGGUUUUGUACUGGCCCCAGUGGCUGACCAUCAUCCUCUUGGAGACCUUGUGGCUGUGCAUCACCUUCCUCCUGCCUGUACCCAACUGCCCCAGAGGGUAUCUGGGAGCUGGUGGAAUUGGGGAUAACGGUCUUUUCCCUAACUGCACUGGAGGGGCGGCGGGAUACAUCGACAUGUGGUUAUUUGGUGACAACAUGUACAGGUAUCCCACUUGCAAAGAAAUGUAUCACACCACCCAACCUUUCGACCCAGAGGGCAUUCUGGGUACAAUCAACUCCAUUGUGAUGGGAUUUCUGGGAAUGCAGGCAGGGAAAAUAAUCGUUUUCUACAAGGAGAAGAACAUCCACAUCCUGUGCAGGUUCUUAGUGUGGGCAACCAUCUUGACAUUAUGCGACAUAAUUACACGAGGGAAGAAUUGCUAAGCACUGAGGAGCCAACUCAAAUCAACAAAGUUUCUUCACUUCACGAGUGGUGCGACAAGGAAGCGACUGCACUCUAAGGUGCAUGGAGGAGAGGAUGACGCCACAGAGGAAAGCGUGCCGGAGUGCAGGUUAAGCUCCAACAGCGUGGACUUUGAAUGCCGCUUCGACUUCCAUUUUGCAUGUUCAGUAACAACAAGCCAUGGUUCACUGCCACACUUGGCCAACUUCGCCAGCCUAAAGAGGAUGCCUAUCAGAGUGGGGGGACAGGGCCCUGUACAUUCGGGCCAGAAACCAGCUGAGAAAAUAAAUCAACAUCGCAAAGAGAAAUCAUGCAGAUUCACUGCUAACAACUCUGCAUCAGUUUACCGAGGAUUACAAUCGCUGACCAACUACAACCGAUCAUCCUUCCAAGUGGAGAACAAUAAAAGACUGGUUGACAACUUGAAUACCUUCUACUGCAGAUUUGAAAAGGACACUUUAUCAGCCCACGCCCACCCAGCUGCACCACUCUGACCCUCUCUUCUGUACUGACCAUUCACGAACAGGACGUGACGUGUCUUUAAACAACAAAAGACCAACAACGUGGCAGGCCCUCCUCCUACUUGAAAGUCUGCGCAGACUAGCUUAAUCCAGUUUUCACACAGAUAUUCAAUAGAUCUUUAGAUUUUAGAUCUGCCUCAAACACCCCCAGCAUCAUUCCCCAUCAGUCCCCAAGAAACCUGCAAUCUAAGGACUGAAUGACUACCCACCUGCCGCCCAGACAUCUGUGGACAUAAAGUCCUUUGAGCGCCCCGUGCUGGACCACCUAAAGAGCAUCCCAGGACCCCUCCUGGACCCCCUGCAGUUGGCCUAUCGAGCAAGCAGGUCUGUGGAUAACGCAGUCAACAUGGGACUGCAGUUCAUCCUAGAACACUUUGACAGCACAGGUACCUAUACGAGGAUCCUGUUCAUGUACUGCAGCUCUUUGUUGAACACCAUCAUCCCCAAACUCCUCUCCUCCAACCUUAAUGCAAUGCAGUUCGACACCAUUAAAACAGUGAUACUGUAAAUGUAUCACACCACCUGUCAUAAUGAGAAAAGACUUCAGAUUUCAGUGAGUGCUAAAAAAUUUGCCAUUUUGAACAGGAAUUAGGAAUUUCACAUUAAAUUCACCUUUUCAUAUCAUCUUACUGUGGGCUUCUUGAUAAGUCAGAAAAUUUUCAAGCUAUCAUUAAACCAUUAUAACUUUUUGUCUGUUCAGGAACUACAGAAAAGAACAGUCACAGUGACAUCUUAACUGAGAAAUAAUACUACUUUUUUUUCAUGUAAAACAGUGAAUUAGAAAAUUCAUUGGUAAAAAUAAUUGUAGCAUUAAAAUGUAAUUUAAAAAACUUCUACUUACUGGCAUAUUAACCAUUCCAGAAACAUACCAAAUUAUUUUGUUAAUUACCAACGCUGUCAAUUUUGGGCAGCUGCGGCAUGAGCUUUUCAUUGAGUGCAGUGUAAAUGUCUAAAUUAAAGCCCCGUACAUACGGCUUCAGUGAGAUCUGUCUUUCUGACAGCGUCCUUCAAAAUGUAUGUACUGUAUGUUUGUUUUUGUGUGUGUGUGUGUGCGCGUGCAUCUUUUAGUAAUAUGUUAGGCAUUCUGUCAGGUUUUGAAUGUUUAUUCAUUGGGAAAAUAUUUUUUAAAUGGGGGGGAAAUAUACAUUAUUUUUUAUUCUGUAACAAAAUGAUGGCUAUCUAAAGUAAAUGUCCGUAUAUCAGGGAACACUGGAGCAUAUUUUUAAAUGAAGACUUUUCC